AUGCGUCCGAUGGACCAGAAUGGCGGCGAGGGAGAGUAUGUACUCCUGCAAGGCACUGGUGGGGUAGCUAUUGCCGGGUUACAGAUUGCAAAGCUUCUAGACCUAGCCAAACAGCUAGGUGCUGAUUACACGAUCAACUACCAUACUCAGCGCAACUGGGACGAGGAAGUGAUGCGCAUCACAAGAAACCACAGAGCAUAUAUCACCCUCGAAACGGAUUGUACCGGCAACCUAUCAGGCAAAAUUCUACGGGUAUUCUCGUUUAUCGAGGCUCAGGAAGUAUUUAUGUUCUUGGCGGCUGGAUCAUAUUUUGGUAAAUUUAUCAUUAAGGAUGUUGCUUAA